AUGGAACAUCACUGCUUGCGUGACUCCAGGGACGGAGAUCCCGAGAAUCCAAACAACUGGGGCCAUUGGAAGAAGGUUUUCGCUCUCUUCGUUGCCAUCAUGAGUGUCAUGAACAGCACCAUCAACUCUAGUAUAAUAGGUGGAGCUGCAGGCCCUAUAUCGCGCCAUUUCAACGAGCACAACCAAUAUCUGCUCAUCCUUCCUACAUCCAUGUACCUAAUUGGCUAUGCUUGCGGGCCGCUGGUCUGGGGCCCUCUUUCCGAGACUCAUGGCCGCAAAGGGACCAUGAUAUGGUCUUUUGCUAUCCUGGCAAUAUUCUGCAUUGCGUCUGCUGUUGCGCCCAACUUUGGUGCACUGGUCGUCUUCAGGUUCCUGGUUGGCGUAGGAGGAAGCUGUGCAAUCAGUGUUGUGGGUGGUGUCUGCGCAGAUGUUUAUCACGAUCCAAAGUCCCGGGGAAGGGCUGUGGCGGCGUAUAUGGUUGCGACGACUUUAGGUCCUAUCAUGGGACCUCCGGUAGCCGGCUUCAUCUCCGUGGUCUCCUGGAGCUGGGCUUUCUGGGUUGGAGCCAUCUUCGCGGGAGCUACUUGGCCCCUCUUUUACUUCUUGGAGGAAACAUAUGGCCCGGUAAUCUUGAAGCGCCGCGCUGAGCGACUGCGCAAGGAGACGGGUGAUGAUAGCAUUGUUGCGCCAAUCGAGCUGGAGAAGAGGGACCUGAACCACGUUCUCACGGUCGUCUUGACAAGGCCACUGCGCAUGAUAAUCUUCGAGCCACUCGUACUCUUCACAUGUCUGUACUUGAGCUACGGAUAUGCCAUAUUUUACAUGUUCUUGCAAUCCUUCCCCAUAAUCUUCGGAGGGAUCUAUGGCUUCAAUCCUGGAGAAACGGGCCUGGUCUUCCUAUCUAUUGGUGUCGGAUCUCUAAUCUCCGCCGCCAUUUACCUCUACUGGGACUCGUACCUAGAACGCGCGCAACAUCUUGGGCGUCCCUGGUCCCAACGAGAAGAGAUGCGUCGUCUUCCACUGGCAUGCAUUGCCGGCCCCUUUUUCGUCAUCAGUGCUUUCUGGCUAGGCUGGUCGGUAAGAAAGGACAUACAUUGGAUAGUGCCUGUGCUUGCUGUGGUACCUUUUGGCAUUGGAUAUCUGUGCAUUUUCAUUGCUCUCCUCAACUAUCUCGUCGACGCUUACGAUAUCUUUGCUGCUUCUGCCAUGGCGGCUGCGUCUCUGUCUCGGUCAAUAUUUGGUGCGGCACUGCCGUUCGCAGCGAAGCCAAUGUAUAAGACCAUGGGAGUGGCGUGGGCGACAAGCCUGUUGGGCUUUUUUUCGUUGGCACUGUGUGUUGUGUCGUUUGUAUUUGUCCAGUGGGGUGAUAAAAUGAGAAGCAAGAGUAAGUUUUGUCAGUAUUUGAAGCAAAAGAAGGAGAAGGAGCAAGAGGAGAGAGAAAGAGAGGCCAGGUUGGAGCAGAGUAAUAUCAAGGGGAAAGAAGACGUGUGA